GGCCGCGCAGGGGCGGCAGGCGGAGCGGCGGCGACAGAAGCGGCGGCAGAAGCAGCGAGAAGGGCUCCUGGCACGGCCUCCUUCCCUCCCUCCCUCCCAGGGCCGGCAUGGCCGACAGCGCCAGCGAGAGCGACACGGACGGAGGCGGGGGCGUCGGAGCCUCCGAGGCGGCCUCUUCGGGGCCCGGCGGGGGCUCGUCGUCGUCGUCUGGGCCGAGCCCCCCCGGCGGCGGCGGCGGAGUGGGGGCGCCGGGCAAGGCGGGGGGCAUCGUGAUCUCUCCGUUCCGCCUGGAGGAGCUGACCAACCGGCUGGCGUCGCUGCAGCAGGAGAACAAGGUGCUGAAGAUCGAGCUGGAGACCUACAAGCUCAAGUGCAAAGCGCUGCAGGAGGAGAACCGCGACCUGCGCAAGGCCUCCGUCACCAUCCAAGCCCGAGCAGAGCAAGAAGAAGAGUUCAUCAGUAAUACCCUGUUUAAGAAGAUUCAAGCUUUGCAGAAGGAGAAGGAGACGUUGGCCGUGAAUUAUGAAAAGGAGGAGGAGUUUCUCACGAAUGAACUCUCCAGGAAGCUGAUGCAGCUGCAGCAUGAGAAGGCAGAGCUGGAGCAGCAUCUGGAGCAGGAGCAGGAGUUCCAAGUCAACAAGUUGAUGAAGAAAAUCAAAAAACUGGAAAAUGACACUAUUUCCAAGCAGCUCACUCUGGAACAGCUAAGACGCGAGAAGAUUGAUCUGGAAAACACACUUGAACAAGAACAAGAAGCCCUCGUGAACCGUCUCUGGAAGAGGAUGGACAAACUUGAAGCUGAAAAAAGAAUUCUCCAGGAGAAACUGGACCAGCCCGUUUCUGCUCCUCCAUCGCCAAGGGACAUAUCAAUGGAAAUAGACUCUCCAGAAAAUAUGAUGCGGCAUAUCAGGUUUCUGAAGAACGAGGUAGAGAGGUUAAAGAAACAGCUCCGAGCAGCACAGCUACAGCAUUCAGAGAAGAUGGCCCAGUACCUGGAGGAGGAACGUCACAUGCGGGAAGAGAACCUGAGGCUCCAAAGGAAACUGCAGAGGGAGAUGGAGCGAAGAGAAGCCUUGUGCCGGCAGCUGUCUGAAAGUGAAUCCAGUCUGGAAAUGGACGAUGAAAGAUAUUUUAAUGAAAUGUCUGCGCAAGGAUUAAGACCUCGCACUGUGUCCAGUCCAAUUCCAUACACACCUUCUCCAAGUUCCAGCAGACCCAUCUCACCAGGUCUCUCAUAUACAAGUCACACCGUUGGCUUCACUCCCCCAACUUCACUCACCAGAGCUGGAAUGUCUUAUUAUAACUCUCCUGGCCUUCACGUGCAGCAUAUGGGACCAUCCCACAGCAUUACGAGGCCUUUGCCGCGAAGAAGCAACAGUCCGGACAAGUUCAAGCGCCCCACGCCCCCUCCCUCUCCGAACACGCAGGCCCCACUGCCUUCGGCACCCCCGCCUCCCCCUCCGCCUCCCCAGCCGGCUCCUUUCCAGCCCUCUACUCAGCCUUAGUGCCCUGGCCAGUGAUCCUGCCUUCAGAGUUGGACUCAUCCCCCGGAGCAGUUUACUACAAGCCAAAGGCUUAAACCACAGUCAAUUUAGAGUUGACUUGACUUGCACUGAAGUUGUCGAGGCUUCACCGUUUCAUUGUGUUGUACCAGUUUGCCCAAGGACCUCCUCCGGCGUUAGUGUCUGACCCGCAUCCGAGGCGCUUCCUUCCAGGGAAGGGGGUGGGCAGCGGUGCCUGAGCAUCCCCCCACCCACCCGGGGGGCCCCGUCUGCACAAGAAGCAUCCUCUCUCGGUUACUCCAAAGCUCAGCCAUGAGGGUGAGAUCUGCCGCAUCCAUCUGAAGCAAGCUAACCCCAACCCCGACCCCAUCAGUGUCGACACGGGAGCAUCCAUGUAUGCGCCUGCCGCGGCUGACACACCAGCGCCUGCGUUGGGUAUUGCUGAGCUCCCCGUAGAGCCUCUCCUUUAACACCCCCCACCCCUCCGCUUCCUCCUUUCUGAGAUACAAAAGGGAAAGUGCUCUCUGGUUCUUCCCAACCCCUUGCGUUCUGCGACUAAGGCAGGGGCUCUGCGUUAACAGCUCCCAGGUAUGAUGGUGGGAGUUUCCAGCGCAUACGACAAAUUGGCUCUACAUUUCAGUACAGCUUUUAGUGCGAAAGUGAAAGCCCGACGCCUCAUCUCUCAAAUUGUGUCCCUUAAUUUCCAGACUCAA